AUGAAUGAUAAAGGAGACAUAAGCGAUCUUGUCUCGGAUCUUUCAGAUCUUGAAGUCGCGCUUCUACUAUCUCUUGCUGCUCAUGAACAUUGUCUAAUUGAGACAACAAAUGACUGCAUCCAUGACGUUGCGAAAGAACUGGCCCUGAUAUGCUCGAGUGUCUUCGGCCGCACGUGCAAAAUUCUGGAAUGCUCGUCAGCUACCUCCUUUGAGGAUUUUUACUCCGAAGUUCUACUGUCGGACGUAUCCAAGGCGAAUGCGCCCUACUCACGCCUGCGUAAGGGGGCUGAAUCUUUGUCAACCCAUCACAAUACCACGGAGGCAAGAGAUCGUACGAGGUCUCCUGGUUUCCGCAAUGUCUUUGGGGACAAGAAAGUCGUCGACGUCGUUAUCGCCAAGAACUUCAAUUAUGUUGAUGGGGUUGUACAACUUCAUGCGUUGGAGGUAGGAUUUCUGAAUCAUCACCACGAUACUUGGCUGAACCAUCGACAGUUGAUGCGCUCCAAACGGUUGAAUACAAAUCAUGGGCCAAUAGAGGCUCCGCCUGACUUCCUCUUCGUCCCUCUUGUGGUGCGCGGCUCGGACCAGCUUAAUCCUCGCUUGAAUCAUCACCUGAACGACCACCUCAUCCUCUCUCACUUUCAUGAUCCUACGGACGGCUAUGUUCAUCUGGAAGAAAAUACCGACUGGCUCUCAGAUGGACAAUUGUCAGCCUCGUCUGUAGUCCGUAAAUCGGAUGCUCAGCUAAAGAAUCAGAGUCUAGCGGUUGACCAAAAAUUACUGGACCAAAUACAACAGCUAAGCACCUCCGUCUCAGUUGGCGCAGACAUAAUACGGUAUCAGCAAGAUAUUCCGCGCUGUUGCUGGGGCAUCACAGCACGAUCAAACAUGCAAUUUACGAAACUCUCAAAAUUACUCGCAACAUUACACGGGAUUGACUAUUUGACUCCCUCGAUUGUGGCUUUGGCGGCAAGGAAAGCCUUUCGCCAUCGAAUUGUCCUAGCAGAACCUGAAGAUGACAGAAGUUUGCAAUACGGGAGCGACAUACAGGCCGUGACUAAAGUCCUUUCUCAAGCCAGUCCGGAUUCCAUACUGGACGGUGUUCUGGCACUGGAGCCUCCGUUAUGA